GGACGCUCGGCCGCCGCUGGAUGACGACGUACUCAUUCCGGCUGGGCGGUCGAAGAUUCGGUGACGAGUCGCGCUGAGUAAAAUCGAUUGGAGGCUUGCCGCUAGAUUCUCCCAGUGACGAGUCUAGGGAAGAGCGUACUCAUUCUGCCUGACUCUCUCAGAUCAAUGAGUCGCUGAGUGGAAUCGAUCGGAGGCUCGCCGCUUGAUUCUUACUGUGACGGACAGUACUCAUUCCGACUGGCUCGCUGAGGUCGAACGAAACUGGUGAUGAGUGGAUUGGAGGGGAUAUUGUACUGGAUUACCGGCUGGCCGCUAGAAUUUGGUGACGAGUCGCCUGCUGGGCCCGCCCACCGCUGCUGCUCAAAUUUCAAGGCAGAAACUAAUUGGCCUAUGAUCAUUUGGAAGGAGAUCCUGGUUUAGAUGGUGGACAAAAAUGUAAAAUAGAGAUCCUGAAUGUGUUGAUAGUUCGUCUUCUGAUAGUGCAAUACUUCAAGUCUUAAGCUGUUUCUUACUGCAGUGGCAUCCACAAAAUUCGGAGGUACAUUGUUAGGGAUAUUGUAGAUAUUCCUUUUUGUUUUAUUUCUUUUAUAGAUGAAGUCAUCUGUUGCACUAAUUUCCCUAUCUUACCUUUACAUUAGGCUGUGAUCCAUGUUAUUGUUAUAUAAAAAGAGAGUGAAUUGGUAAUGAACUUAGGAUGAUAUAGGUGGGCAUAUUAUCAUAAUCAUUGGCUCUUGAGUAGUAACAAUGUAGUAUUCUCACUUCUCUUUAGGACUUCUGAUUUAUUCUGACUGGUUUGUAUGAAUCAAGUUCGUGUACUCUCUCUUGGGAUAUUCUUGCAGAGUCAUUGUUGAGAUGGUUCUUGAAAUUAGGCAAGAAAAGAGAGAGUGUUGUUGGCGAAGCAUUAUAUUUUACCCUUAUGCAAUUAAUCAAAAUAAACAACGUUUUUCUGUCUGGCAUAAGGGCAGAGAAAUCUGUAUAUGGAAUAAAGGCUUUUAUUUCUUUCCUAUAUAUUUGAUCUUGUGACUUUGGUAAAUCCAAAUUGUAGUCCAUGGGGAACCUUUGCUUGGAGUUAUCGGAGUAUGCUAUAAUAUUGCUCUCCAUAGGUAAAAUUUGUAUCCAUUGAGGGUUACAACACUCCAUAUUAAAGUCAUGCUCAUAUUUUCUAGUUUGAAUCUGUAGCAAGAGUCCAAUAAAUCAAGCAAUGUUAGAGGCAAUGCUGACACAGAUGAUCAGUAUCAUAUUUGGUAGAAUGGAGACUGAUCCGGUUUGAAAUUUAAAUUUCUGAAUUUUAGUGUGUUAUUCUGUUAUUGGAGGAAGAAAGAUCAUCAUGUCUUUUGCAGGUUCAGUUCUCUUCAUCUGUUCCUUCAGAUCAUACUGAUACAGCAACUGCUUCUGCAGAGAAGUCUAGCUGAAAAAAUGGGAAAGAAAUGACUUUAGGAGACGCACUUAGGUUAAAGGCACCACCAUUGCAUCUGUUGAGGAAAUCCAUAAUCUUGCUGGUGGUGCUGACAUCGAGGUCCAACCUGGUCAAUUCUUAUUUAAUAUUUUAUUUCGUUGUGGUGCCACUGUCCUCAGCUUUUUUUACCAUGGUUUAAAGGCUGCACUUGACAAAGUGGUCCACGUUGAGGAUGGUAAAAAGAUUAGAUGGUAUGCACAUGAUUGAAGAUUCUAGUUUCAUGUCCUCAGAGAUUGACCUUGAGAGCAUGAGUAUUGGAAAACGUGAUGCUUUACUAGUAUUCUGCACACUCUGCAAGAUGGGUGUGAAGGAAGACACUGAUGAGGUAACUGUGAAGACGAGAAUUUUGUCCUUUGAAUUUCUCCAGGGCCUGCUGGAAGGGGUUAGCAAUUCAUUGACAAAGAACUUUCAUCUCAUUGACUCUGAAAAGCAUACCUUUCCUAUGCUUUGCUGUGAGCUUCAGUUUUGCAGUCUCCUGUCAUAUUUGAGGUUCCCUUUCAUCUAUUUGUGUCCCCUUUCUUCAUCUGGUUUGACCAGAGGCGCUAUGAGAAUUUGCCCAUCUUUAUUGGUUUUGCAGUUGCUCUUUUUCCCCUUUGCUUGCCAUAUUUAGCAAAGAAUUGUUAAUGAAUCUGAAACCCUCUUGCAGGAUGUUUAGUCAGCCUAUGAAAUAUUUGAUAUCUUGAUUUUGAAUAAUAACUUAGUAAUUGUCUUGAUUUGCAAUAAUCUGUUGUGAAAUUUCUUAUGGGACUAGAUAUGAAGACUAGCAUAUGCCAUUAUUAUUUGCAAGGAAAUGAUACAAAAGCGGUGAGAAAGGGGAGGAGAAGAGGAAGCAGGGGAGGGCAAGCACCAGAUGAAGUUGUUGUAAGAAUAAAUGCCUCUGUUAUAAUUUAAAUCCUGAUGAUAGAUGCAUAGGGCUUUAAGUGAAAAGAGCUGCCUAAGAAGCACUAUUUUGUUCAUUAUCAAAAGGAAUAAGCAUGCUUUGCUUGAUUUUUAAGGUUUAGUUUAUCUUGGAUAUGAGGGUGCUUUUGUGUGUGUGUGUGAACAAAUUUACAUUGUACUUGUAUCGCUGCCUAGUGUUUGUGUGGGAACAACUUACAUUGUACUUGUAUCACUGUCUAGAAUGUUGAUGAUUAUUUCCAUUGUCAUGCUCAUGCAGAACAAAUUAUUAAAUUUAUCUUUGCACUCUGCCGAGGAGAUUGUAUGUCUGCAUGAUUACCCAUCACAAGUUUGAGAAAAGGUCAGUACACAUAAAAUGUAUGGUUAUGUACGUAUCAGAUUAAUCAAUAAGUUUGUUUUCAUUUUUUUAUUUUCAAUGGGAAAGUUUGUUUUCAAUUUUUAUCUACAAGACUACGACAACAAUAUGCAGCAGCUUGUCAAAUGUUUAAGGUUUAGCCAAGCUUGGACAUAAGGGAUCUUGGCAACCUGUUUAAAUCCAUGAACAAAGAUCUAGUAACAUUGCCAAAGUCAAAUUUAAGGCUAGUUCAUUAAGAAUUUCUUGAAAACUCACUAUAUGUAUGGAUUUUCUGGAUAUAACAGAUAAUGCAAGAGGAUAGAUGCAUAGGACUUUUUUUUUCAGUGAAUAAAGCUGCUUGAUGAAACAACUUGUUUGUUCUUUAUCAAAAGAGGACAUACUUUGCUUGAAUUUUAAGGUUUAGCCGAGCUUGGGCGUUUAGGGCACUCGGCCACCUGCUUUUAUCUUUGUGGACAAAAAGAUCUGGUAGCAUUUAAAAACUAUACCUUUAUGGCUGUAUCUACAAGCAUAUGUUAAUGACUAUUUCUAUCAUCAUGCAGUACAAAUUAGUAGAAUUAUCUUUUCUCUGUGCUGAGGAGCUUUAGUAUCUCUAUAAAACCUUACUUCGGUU